AUGAAAGUUUUAAUUGUUCUUCUCCUGGUCGCAGCAGCAGUUGAAACUGCUCAAAGUCCAAGUGACUGCAACUUGCCUAAGGAAACUGGUCCAUGCUUUGGAUACUUCCCUCGAUACUACUAUGACCCAAAAACUAAUACUUGCAAGAAGUUUAUUUAUGGAGGGUUCGGUGGAAAUAGGAACAACUUCAGGACCCAAGAAGAAUGCCAGGACAAAUGUAGAGUAAUAUGCGAAGAAAAUGCUCAGUAUGAAAGUUGUGGAACGUUAUGUCCUCUGACAUGUGACAAUUAUGAAAAUCCUCCCCAAGCCUGUGCUGCUGUGUGUGUACAGGGUUGCCAGUGCAAAAAGGGCUUUGUUAGAACAGAGAGUGGAGCUUGCGUGAAACCGGAAGAGUGUCCCGUAACAGGAAACCCUACUCUGAGAGAUUGUGACAAGCUUCCAGAAACUGGUCCAUGUGAAGGAUACGCCCUUCGAUACUACUACGACCGAUUCACUGACACGUGUAAUCUUUUUAUUUAUGGAGGAUGCGGUGGAAACAAGAACAACUUCAAGACUGAAGAAGAAUGUUACCAAAAAUGUAGAGUACAAUGCGAAGAAAAUGCGCAUUACGAAGAUUGCGGAACGGCGUGUCCACUGACAUGUGAGAAUUAUGAAAAUCCUCCCGAAUUUUGCCCUGCGGUAUGUCUAUCAGGUUGUCAGUGCGACGAGGGGUUUGUCAAAACAGAAAGUGGAAGGUGCGUGAAACCCGAAGAUUGCCCCGUUCCAGAAAUAUGCGGAGAAAAUGCUCAGUAUGAAAGUUGUGGAACGUUAUGUCCUCUGACAUGUGAAAAUUAUGAAAAUCCUCCCCAAGCCUGUGCUGCUGUGUGUGUACAGGGUUGCCAGUGCAAAAAGGGCUUUGUUAGAACAGAGAGCGGACGUUGCGUGGAACCGGAAGAGUGUCCCGUAACAGGAAACACUACUCUAAGUCGAAACGAUUGUAGCAAGGUUCCUGAAACUGGUUUGUGUAGAGCACGCUUCAUUCGAUACUACUACGACCCAUUAACUGACAGGUGUGGUAAGUUUAUUUAUGGAGGAUGCGGUGGAAACAAGAACAACUUCAAGACUGAAGAAGAAUGUUACCAGAAAUGUAGAGACUGCCCACCGAACAAGGAACUAGGCGAAUUUGGCGACUGUCCAGACUCAUGCUAUUCUCUUGAUGAUCCAGAGAGACCAUGCACACUGAGGCUGAAUUUUGGAUGCAAGUGUAAACCCGGUUACGUUCUGAAGGAGGACAAAGUCUUCGAUUCUGACUGCAUCAAACCCGAAGAAUGCCCAUUGGAUGAGUGAAGUUGAAAUUCUUUUUCUCUGCUGCAACCAAAGAGGAAUAUUUACCUCAUUUCGCUAUAUCUACUGGAAUGUAACAUAUCUUGUG